UCCAGCUCAUUAGUAAGGCCUAUUACUUCAGUUGGGUUUGCAAACUGGUUGACAACGGACGUGGUCAUGUCUAGGCUGUUGGUAAACAUAUAUUUUGGCUAUUCGCUGGUAAUUGGAAUUACUUCGCAACGAAUGGUCGACAGGAAGUUCAAGAGUACAUUUUUUACCAGGCUUUAUGCUCUAUUUUCUAAUAUCACUACGCUUGUGUUUCUGCCAAUAGUUAUGUGGUAUACGAGUUUGAGUUUUGAGGCGAAGCAUAAGGUUCCGCAGCUGAUUUACAUUACGUUUAAUGUAAAAAGUGUCGUAUCUUAUGUUUUAAUAUUAUAUACGAUCCUUUCAAGAGGAUUUCGUGAUACGGCAAUUAGAGAAAUUCAACCUUUGAUCGAAAAGUUAUUUGUGGAAGAAAAGCACUGUGUAUGGGCUGGAGGCAAAAAACCUUGUAUAAGACAAUCGCUCAGGAUUAUUCUGUAUGUGAAAUAUUUAGCCUUGGCCUAUUUGUGCUUCACCGAAGCCAUAUUACUUUUUUACUCGAACAAGGAAAUAACUUGGCUUACCAUAGCCAAUUUUGUUUUUCUGAGUAAUGCAUACAAUAUUCAGGAAAUGGUGCCAAUGGGAUUUUUCCUUGCUUUGUGGCACAUUGCUCGAGGAUUCGAUUAUGUGAAUAGGCGUUUGGAUGAAAUUAUAACAUCAAAAGAUUCUAGAAACUUAAAGGAGGUGCGAAGACUUUGGUUACUUCAUGCUGAACUCACUAAAUCGGCACUAAGGGUGAAUAAGAUCUAUGGCCCACAAAUGUUGGCCAACCGCUUUAAUAACUUUGUAUUUGGCGUAAUUCAAGCGUAUUGGGGUGCCUUCUUUACAUUUGAAAAAUCAACCUCGUUUUAUUGGGUUGUUUACGGAAGUGUUGGAUAUCUAAUUCGAUCACUGGACUUUUAUCUUGUCGACUACAUGUGCGAUUUGGUCGUGCGCUACCAAGGAUCGGCUAAACACGCCUGGAGUGAAAGUCGCUGGACGAAAGAGAUAAGUUCAUAUGUGACCUACGCCAGCAGUUCGAAGUUGGAACUCUGGACUUGUGGACUUUUCCCAGUAAAUAGAAGUCUAUGGUUUGACAUGAUUACCAGUAUACUAUACUAUAUAUUAAUGCUCCUGCAAUUUCAUAUAGUUAUCGGCAAAUAA